CAGGCGCGGCAUGUGGACGACGAGUUUGAACGAUGGCGCCCGCGCCGGGUUCUCGGCUGGUGCUGCGUGAGGAGACGCUUGGGGAGCGCAGCGGCCUGGGGCCUCACCACGACCUGGCUGAACUUCAGUCCUUAUCUAUUCCUGGAACAUACCAAGAGAAGAUUACUCACCUAGGCAGUUCUCUGAUGCAUUUUACAAGUCUAAAGUCUUUAGAUCUUUCACACAACUCUUUGGUUAGUCUAGAGUUUAACAAAAUAGAGUCCAGACACCUGCUGAGCCCUGCACCCAUCCAGCACCAGUGUGGGGACCCCGUGAGGAGGGGUCAUGAUAAGAGGAGAGCUGGCUCCAGCAUGCGCUUCCCCGAGCAGCUGGCUCCACACCAGCCCUGUGGGGAGCUGCCCCUGCAACAUGGGGAACCUGAGGCCUGCUGUGUCCACAGCCUACACCCCUGUACCAGCAUCCACCCAGACUCCACAGAUAUUGAGCACUCUUCCUCUUCUCAGAAGCCAAGUUUGUCAUCACAAAAGGUGUUGAAUCCUUCACCUAUUCCUGAAAGGUACAGGAAGUGCAGGAUGCCUGGUGGGAGGUUCCAGGAGCUGUCAGACCAGGAGUGCUUGAGCCAUCCGGAGAGGGCUGGUGGGCCCUGCAGCCUCAGGGAGAGUCUGACCAUGCAGGACAGCUCAGGAGGCCGGAGCCAGAGAGCCUUUUCUCUCUCCAGGGUGUUGGAGGCUGAAGAGCAGACAUUUCACAGCCUGAGCAACUCCAGAGUGCCACCUCCCGCAUCACACUUGGCAGCUCCGCUGGGGAGGAGGGCUCCUCUGGAGGUGGUGCUCCUGGAGGCGCUCCUCCACCUGGUAGAUAAGCACUGGAGUGGCUGCAGGUCCCUGCAUAGGAAUGAGACGUUCCUAGCCCAGGCAAGGCAUGUUCUGUCAUCUGUCCAAGAGUUGGCAGUAGCUCAGGGCAGUGUCACACCUGGGGAUGUAGAAGUCAGCUGCCUGGCCCUUGAAAAUCAGUCUCUGCACAGGCAGCUUGCUGAGCAGCACCAGCAGUACACCGAGACCAUGGAUGAGGGGACAGCAGAGCUCAGCAGCACCCAGCAGGAGAUGGAUAUCUUGAGACAACAUUUAGAUAGAUCUUUGGAGGAGAAUAAUAGUUUAAAAUCUCUGUUGUUUAACAUGAAAAAAGAAGUAAAAAAUGGAGAAAUGUCAGCUGCGUUAAAUGUGCAGAUCUCUGGACUUCAGACGAGUGUCAAGCAACUGUCUGGUGAGGUUGUGGAACUAAAGCAGCACCUCAAGCACUAUGACAAGAUUCAGGAGCUCACUCAGAUGCUACAGGAGAGCCACAGCUCCCUGCUCAGCACCAGCGAGCACCUCCUGCAGGAGCUGAGCAGGGAAAGGGCCCAGCACAGGGCAGAGGUGGAGCAGAUGCGCUGGAGCUUCCAGGAGCUCAAGAAGACCACAGCCCUGUUCCCACCCCACAGCGCCAGCCUGGGGGGCCGCCAGUCCUGCUGAUCCUGCCCAAAGCCCGGCACCUCCUCUGCCGCCAACACAGUGCCGUGCGUGCACUUUUGUGCCUCUCUGUUCGCUGAUGAGACUUGUUCUUUGUGUUUUUAGUUACAUUUUCCUCAUUGAGACACGUUCAGGGGCUGUAGCUCGGCUCUCUGAAGCACCCUAAAAUGACAGGGUGGACCCCAGGCCUUCCCCUGUUUUGAGACAGACAGACUAUAUUGCUUUGUCAUCAGAAUAGCCUGAGAUGAAGGCACCAUAGCACUUUUCUUCCCCACGUGAUGUACUGUGUAUGCCAAUUAAAGUAAUAAUUUCUUGUGUGGCAGUCCUUAUCAAUGAAUGAUACAUUCUGAAAAGUUAAUUUUUAAGUGGCUCUUUAUAAAUUUUAAGUUUCUCAUUGCAUUCAUUUAUAAAAUGAGCUAUAUGGGCCGGGAAUUUAGCUCAGUGGUUCUGGCGCCUGCCUAGAAAGCGCAAGGUCCAGAGUUUGAUCCCUGGUACCAAAAAAUAAAUAAAUAAAUAAAUAAAAUAAGCUGUACACGGUGGUAGACGAGCAAGAAUAAGUUCCAGGACUUAAUAAAAGUAACACUGAGAAGAUGUGAGCAGGCUGGGCACGGUGGUGUACUCGGGAGGCUGAGCCAGGAGAAUCACCAUGAGUUCAAGGCCAGCUGAACUACAUAGACCCUGUCUCAAAAAAACAACAAAAAAGACGAGAAAUCUUUUUAAAUACUGUUUUCCUUUAUUAACAUAUGAUAGUAAAAAUACCUGCCCAAA